GUAGGUGAUAGAAGUAGUUUAGAAUACAUCGGGCUGAGUGACGCGGUAUCACUAUCCUUACGGCCAAGCAAGUUGUAAUCAACCAAUAGGAUAGUAGCGCCUAUGUGGAUUUAAGAAUCUCUUGCCAACUUCUCCAUUCUCUUUCUCUCACUUCAUAUUCCCGUUGCAACCCCUUUUUCCUUUUCAAUAUCUUCUUCUGCUAUCCCUAAUCCAUAAUCCAUGGCAAGUCGCUGGGUCAGACCCGAGGUGUACCCUCUCUUUGCUGCGGUUGGAGUUGCUGUUGGGAUCUGUGGCUUUCAACUUGUUCGCAACAUCUGCAUCAACCCUGAAGUUAGGGUGAACAAGCAGACCCGGGCUGCAGGAGUAUUGGAGAACUUCUCCGAGGGAGAGAAGUAUACAGAACAUUUAUUGAGGAAGUUUUCACGCAACAGAUCCCCAGAGAUUAUGCCCACCAUCAACAGCUUCUUCACUGACCCAAGUCGCAAUUAAGUUUCUUUGGAUUGAUUUCAGAUGUGAUAUAUACUGUGUUAAAGGCACUGUUUGAUUGUUCGUGCAUUUGAAAAACAAAACGUGGUUGAUCUCUCUGCCUGAGCAGCAUGUAUGCUGUGGUUGAGAAUAACAAUACCCUGUUUGUUGCGUUAAUUGUUGUUACUGUUUUAUUAAGUUGUGAUGCUGUCUAGCUUGCUGCAGAUGCUUAUUGAAACUGGUGUUAGAAAUUAAAUGCUAUUGCUAAUCUCAGUUCAAGCUUGUUACCAAGUUAUUACAA